AAAGUUGGGGGGGGGCUGUUUAUUUUUUCCCCUCUGUUUCACUUUUCCCUGAGUGUCACUACCAUGGUCAGGAAGCCUGUGGUGUCCACCAUCUCCAGUGGAGGUUACCUGCAGGGGAAUGUUAAUGGGAAGCUGCCUUCCUUGGGUGGCAAGGAGCCCCCUGGGCAGGAGAAAGUGGUGCUGAAGAAGAAGAUCACUUUGGUGAGGGGCAUCUCCAUCAUCAUUGGCACCAUCAUUGGAGCAGGAAUCUUCAUCUCUCCUAAGGGCGUGCUCCAGAACACCGGCAGCGUGGGCAUGUCUCUGGUGAUCUGGACAGUCUGUGGGGUCCUGUCCCUGUUUGGAGCCUUGUCUUAUGCUGAAUUGGGAACAAGUAUAAAGAAAUCUGGUGGUCAUUAUACAUAUAUUCUGGAAGUGUUUGGCCCAUUGCCAGCUUUUGUACGAGUCUGGGUGGAACUGCUCAUAAUACGCCCUGCAGCCACUGCUGUGAUUUCUCUGGCAUUUGGACGCUAUAUUCUGGAACCAUUUUUUAUUCAAUGUGAAAUUCCUGAACUUGCAAUCAAGCUUAUUACAGCUGUGGGCAUAACUGUAGUGAUGGUCCUCAACAGCAUGAGUGUCAGCUGGAGCGCCCGGAUCCAGAUUUUCCUAACCUUUUGCAAGCUCACAGCAAUUCUGAUAAUUAUAGUGCCUGGAGUUAUGCAGCUAAUUAAAGGGCAAACACAACACUUUAAAGAUGCUUUCUCAGGAAGAGGUGCGAAUAUUAUGGGGUUGCCACUAGCUUUUUAUUAUGGAAUGUAUGCAUACGCUGGCUGGUUCUAUCUCAACUUUGUUACUGAAGAAGUGGAGAAUCCUGAAAAAACCAUCCCCCUUGCAAUAUGUAUAUCCAUGGCCAUCGUCACCAUUGGCUACGUGCUAACAAAUGUGGCCUACUUUACGACCAUUAGUGCCGAGGAACUCUUGCUUUCAAAUGCAGUGGCGGUGACCUUUUCUGAGCGGCUACUGGGAAAUUUCUCAUUAGCAGUCCCGAUCUUUGUUGCCCUCUCCUGCUUUGGCUCCAUGAAUGGUGGUGUGUUUGCUGUCUCCAGGUUAUUCUAUGUUGCGUCUCGAGAGGGUCAACUUCCAGAAAUCCUCUCCAUGAUUCAUGUCCGCAAGCACACUCCUCUGCCAGCUGUUAUUGUUUUGCACCCUUUGACGAUGAUAAUGCUCUUCUCUGGGGACCUCUACAGUCUUUUGAAUUUCCUCAGUUUUGCCAGGUGGCUUUUUAUUGGGCUGGCAGUUGCUGGGCUGAUUUAUCUUCGAUACAAACGCCCAGAUAUGCAUCGUCCUUUCAAGGUGCCGCUGUUCAUCCCAGCCUUGUUUUCCUUCACGUGUCUCUUCAUGGUUGCCCUUUCCCUGUAUUCGGACCCAUUUAGUACAGGGAUUGGCUUCAUCAUUACUCUGACGGGGGUCCCUGCAUACUAUCUCUUUAUUAUCUGGGACAAGAAACCCAAGUGGUUUAGAAGACUGUCAGGUAAGACUUUUACACAGUUUUGGGACCUCUUGAGAGACCGUGUUAUAGAAAACCCAGUCUAUGGGUACACACAACCACACACCCACACCCACACACACCCCUUAAUGUUCAACAACGUGAGCAAGGCAACUGCUCAUUGAAAUACAUUUUUGCAUUUUAAUUAGGACUAGCAGAAAAAGCAGGAAGGAUGUUUGGGUUACAGCCGUUCCAUCCUUGCA